ACUGCUGGCUAAUUUUGCAAGCAAAUAAAACUAGGCUCAAAUAAAGUAACAUAAUACGCAAAUAAUCAAACUUAAGCCAAAUAAAAAAGGAUGUUUUGGCCACUGACAAGGCGCUGUUGAAGUGGAAGCUAGCAAGUGAAUUUUUCCAGUUUAUACACAAUCAGCGCACAGAGAGCAGCAGUAACGCCCAGCAAGAUGGCCAUGUCCAAGGUAAUACGCGUGCUGGAGAAGUCCAUAGCACCUUCGCCGCAUAGUGUGCUGCUCGAGCAUCGCAACAAGACGGACUGCAUCCUGUUCGAGUCCCAUGUAUGUGCGCUACUUACGCAACAGGAAAAUGUCAUACGCAAGCAAUAUACAAAGGUUUGCGAUGCCUAUGGAUGUUUGGGCGCCUUGCAGCUAAACGCAGGCGAGAGCACUGUGCUCUUUCUAGUGCUGGUCACAGGCUGCGUGUCGAUGGGCAAAAUAGGCGACGUGGAAAUCUUUCGCAUCACACAGACCACCUUUGUCUCGCUGCAGAACGCUUUGCCCAAUGAGGAUAAGAUAAGCGAAGUGCGCAAGCUGCUCAACUCGGGCACGUUUUACUUUGCACACACCAAUCCGAAUCCUGCUGCAGGUGUUGCAACAGGCGCCAAGUUUGACAUAACGUUGUGCGCGCAGCGACGUCAGCAAACGGCCGAGACGGACAAUCGUUUCUUUUGGAAUCGCAUGAUGCAUAUACAUCUGAUGCGCUUCGGCAUUGACUGCCAGUCCUGGCUGCUGCAAACCAUGUGCGGCUCGGUGGAGGUGCGCACGGUCUAUAUUGGCGCUAAGCAGGCACGCGCGGCCAUCAUUUCCCGCCUAAGCUGCGAGCGUGCGGGCACGCGCUUCAAUGUGCGCGGCACCAACGAUGAGGGCUAUGUGGCUAACUUUGUGGAAACGGAGCAGGUUAUCUAUGUGGAUGGUGAUGUCACCAGCUAUGUGCAGACGCGUGGCUCGGUGCCGCUGUUCUGGGAGCAGCCUGGUGUGCAAGUGGGAUCCCACAAGGUGAAGCUGUCGCGUGGCUUUGAAACCUCUGCCGCCGCCUUUGAUCGUCACAUGAGCAUGAUGCGUCAACGUUAUGGCUAUCAGACUAUAGUUAAUUUGCUGGGCAGUUCGCUGAUUGGCAGCAAGGAGGGUGAAGCAAUGCUAAGCAAUGAGUUCCAGCGUCAUCAUGGCAUGUCCGCACACAAGGAUGUGCCGCAUGUGGUGUUCGACUAUCAUCAGGAGUGUCGUGGCGGCAACUUUACGGCGCUGGCCAAGCUCAAGGAGCGCAUGAUAGCCUGUGGUGCCAACUAUGGCAUUUUUCAUGCUGUCAAUGCGCAGGUGCUGCGCGAGCAAUUCGGGGUGGUGCGCACCAAUUGCUUGGAUUGUCUGGAUCGCACCAACUGUGUGCAAACUUACUUGGGCUUGGAGACGCUCAACAUGCAGCUGGAGGCAUUGAAGCUGGGCGGCAAGCAGCAGAAUGUGUCACGCUUCGAGGAAAUCUUCAGGCAGAUGUGGAUUAAUAAUGGCAACGAGGUGAGCAAAAUCUAUGCGGGCACAGGCGCCAUACAAGGUGGCUCCAAGUUAAUGGACGGCGCACGUUCCGCUGCACGCACUAUACAAAAUAAUUUGCUGGACAAUUCCAAGCAGGAAGCCAUUGAUGUGCUGCUGGUGGGCUCCACGCUCAGCUCGGAGCUGGCUGAUCGUGCACGCAUUUUGCUGCCUUCCAAUAUGUUGCAUGCUCCGACUACGACGCUGCGUGAGCUCUGCAAGCGCUAUACGGAGUAUGUGCGUCCGCGUUUGGCGCGCGUUGCUGUGGGCACUUAUAAUGUAAAUGGCGGCAAACAUUUUCGCAGCAUUGUAUUCAAGGAUUCGCUGGCUGAUUGGUUGCUGGACUGCCAUGCACUGGCACGCUCCAAGGCUUUGGUGGAUGUGAAUAAUCCCAAUGAGCAUGCAGAUCAUCCUGUGGAUAUCUAUGCCAUUGGCUUUGAGGAAAUUGUUGAUCUGAAUGCUUCGAAUAUUAUGGCCGCCAGCACGGACAAUGCCAAGCUGUGGGCCGAGGAGCUGCAGAAGACCAUCUCGCGUGACAAUGACUAUGUGCUGUUGACCUAUCAGCAGUUGGUGGGCGUUUGCCUGUAUAUUUAUAUACGCCCAGAGCAUGCGCCGCAUAUACGCGAUGUGGCCAUUGAUUGCGUCAAGACGGGCUUGGGUGGCGCCACGGGCAACAAGGGCGCCUGCGCUAUACGCUUUGUGCUCCAUGGCAGCUCCAUGUGCUUUGUCUGCGCUCAUUUUGCCGCCGGUCAGUCACAGGUGGCGGAACGUAAUGCGGAUUAUGCAGAGAUUACCCGCAAGUUGGCUUUUCCCAUGGGACGCACGCUGAAGUCGCAUGAUUGGGUCUUUUGGUGUGGCGAUUUCAACUAUCGCAUUGACAUGGACAAGGAGGAGCUGAAGGAGUGUGUGCGCGGUGGUGAACUCUCCACUGUGCUGGAGUUUGAUCAGCUGCGCAAGGAGCAGGAGGCGGGCAAUGUGUUCGGCGAGUUCUUGGAGGGCGAAAUCACCUUUGAUCCCACUUACAAAUACGAUCUGUUUAGCGAUGACUAUGACACCUCGGAGAAGCAGCGCGCGCCUGCUUGGACAGAUCGCGUGCUCUGGCGACGCCGCAAGGCGCUGGCCGAGAGCGAUUUUGGUGACGCAGCCGCUGCUGCUUGGAAUCCCGGCAAGCUUAUACACUAUGGACGCUCGGAGCUCAAGCAGAGCGAUCAUCGUCCGGUUAUAGCCAUUAUCGAUGCUGAGAUUAUGGAGAUCGAUCAGCAGCGCCGACGCUUGGUCUUUGAGCAGGUCAUACGAGAUCUGGGACCGCCGGACUCGACUAUUGUAGUGCAUGUGCAUGAGCCUACAGAGGAUGAGGAUGGACCCACCAUUUAUGAUGAGCAUGUCAUGUCCGCGCUCAUAGCGGAGCUCUCCAAAAUGGGCGAGGUAACGCUCGUGCGCUAUGUGGAGGACACCAUGUGGGUAACCUUUCGCAAUGGUGAAUCUGCUCUGAGCGCUGCUGCCAAGCGCUCCACCACAGUUUGUGGCUUGGAGCUGGUCUUUGAGCUUAAGACCCCGGAGUGGCCACUGCAGGUGGACAACGAGAUUGAGCUCUGCACUUCGAAUACCAUACCCUUGUGCGCUAAUCCUGCAGAGCAAGCGCAGAUGGUGCAGCUGACGCCAGAGGUGCCGCAGCGGCCCAAGCAGCCGCCAACACGUCCAGCGCCUGCGCGUCCGCCUAUGCCCAUGUCGCCAAAGAAUUCGCCACGUCACUUGCCACACGCCGGCGUCAUUAGCAUGCCCAAGCCGGCGAAGCCACCACUACCACCACAGCCCAUGAUGCAAGCACCGCUGCAGCCAGUAUCGGUGCCACCACCGCGUCCGCCUGCAAUGGAGGAUAAUACGCCUUCAUCCAAGUCGCAUUCGCCCACAGAGCUGGGCUCGCCACUGCAUGCCACCUCGGCUAGCUCCUCCACCACUUCUUCCGGCAAUGCUUCGCCCAUAGCUGCAGCAGCCGCCGCUGCCGUGUUGCCCUCGGGACCGCCGACGCCACCACGCCAAAUGCAGAGCAAACAAGCCACGCCUGUGUCCACGCCCACGCGUCAGUCAAAGCAAUCUUCGUUGGAGCAGCAGUCACCACUUGACAGCGCCUAUGAGACAGCCAGCAAUAUAUACGAGGAAAUCCAAGAUGAUGUGCCCGCUCCGCGUCAUCCACCGCCAGCGGCACCACCACCAGUCAUGGGACAAGCUACGGAGAGUCCACGUAGACAGCCACUAAUGCCUGUUAAUGCUCCAAUGGGUCCGCCGCCACCAUUGCCCAAUCGCGGACGUGGACCGCCACCAAUACCAAAUCGCAGCGGCAAUGCGCCGCCGCUGCCCACACGCCCCAAUAACAAUUAAGAUCUCUUGGGGAGGUCUGCUACUCAAUUACAUUCCGUAUUGUUGUAUUUAACGUUGGCAAAACGCAUAACUAUACUAUAUAGUGCAAAUGGCAUAUAAUUUAUGUAUAAACGCUGCAGUUAUUCCAGACAUGAUUACAAAUAGCAGUACUUGUGUUAACAAAACAAACAAACGCUUUAAUUUUCCGAAUGUUGCUGUUAGCUGAGCACAUUUGUUACUUACUAAAAACACUGGCCAGACGACUCACUAAUGCACCAAAUAAAUUAAGUUUAAAGUCCUAUAUAUAUACAACAAGCAUAUUAAACAAGUAUUAAACGAUUACACAUACAUAUGAAUAUGUUUAAACAAUAUAUAGCUGUACUAGUCAAAUUAUGAAAUAAAAACAAAGUGGAAAAUGUUACACGCAAAACCGAACAACAAAAGCAAAAAACAAAGUAUCGAAAGUUAGUUGUAGCUUAUUCUAUUGACAACUGGCAAUACUUAAAUAACUAUAACUAUAUGCAAAUGCAAUAUAUAUAUCAUUAAAAAUUGUUAACAGAGUUUGUUUUAGUAAAUGAAUUAUAUAACUAAACACUUAAUAUGAGUUCAACUGUAUUGACUAUAUGUUCCAUUCGAAUUGCGUUGCAAAAAUUUAUAGCAAGAAUAUCAACAAACAAAAGAAAUCAUUAAAAA